CUCAGUUUCGCGGCAACUACAGGAUCCAAGGUAACGUUUGAACUAGCCAGCUGGGCCGCAACGUCGACUUCAUCCACCCUGACCGCCACCGAUCCCGGAUGCGCACGUUUGACUGAGCUUUUGUCGCUGCUGGAAUCCAUGGGGAGGGGGAGAGGACGAAAGCGAAGAAAGUAUGCAGGAAAGAUAGGCGGGUUUUAAGGAAGCCAAGGGAGUGCCGUAAUAUGAAUAAUCUGUGAUUAAGAUUUGCGUGUAUUCAUUGAACUUUGCGUAGUAAGUAGCCGCAUGUCCUUCGUGGCUUCAUCCGUUGAUGUCGAGGAUUGCUUAACAGCGGCGUCGGAAGCUAUAAGGUUUCACCGUGCUUCUCAGGCUGCGACUGGACCCUGGGAUUAUGAAAUGGAGCGGGAGGAUUCGAGGAUAGUGCCUGAAGUAUUUAGGUAAACGGUGCGGGCCUCCGAGUGGACGAGGACGGAUCUGGACGAUGCGGGCUCAGGGCUACCAAGGAAAAGACAUUGAUGGGUAUGUACCUGAAAAAGGAAACUGUCAACAGUCAUCUCCUCCUCGGCUUUGCCGGCUUGGUUUGUCCUUUCACGACGUGUUUCUUUGCCCCAAUAUAUUCGUCCAAUGGCGUCGGAAGAGAGUCACCAUGAGACCCGAGAGUGGACACUUGACCCCGAAACAGAAUACAGGUUUGAAUUGGAUCCAGGGACAUCGUUAGCUAUCAAGCUCAUUCGCGGUAACGCUGAAGUCUUCGGCGCUGAGCUGGCGCCUAACAAGCAUUAUCUGUUUGGGCAGGAAUGUAAAGCUGCGAUCUUCACUUGGAGGGGAUGCACGAUCGAGAUGAGUCUUGUCUACGAUGGGAUGCGCGUCCGCGCGUUGAGGGACCUUCGAGGAUCGCCUGUUCCCGACUUUGAGCGUGACAAGCCCAGUGACCCCCCUCGUGUACUGGUCGUUGGACCAGAGAACUCGGGUAAAACAUCCCUAUGCAAGAUUCUCAUAAACUAUGCUGUUAGGGCUGGGCAAGGAUGGUCACCUCUUCUCGUCAACGUCGAUCCCUCAGAGGGUGGAUGGGCUGCCCCCGGGACGCUAUCUGUUGCUCCUAUACAAACCCCUCUACCGACUUCUUCUCCGGGCAGUCCGUUGGGCUCAGCAGCGACGUCGGCACCGACCGCACUGUCUUCUAAUGCCCUCGUUCCGCUCGCUUACUGGUACGGGCACCCGGAAAUCAAGCGCAACCCGCUGCUGAUGGAGCGGAUAAUUCGUAAUCUGGGACAAGCCAUUGAGGACCGAUAUCAAGUCGAUGCCGAAGGCAAGUGCAGAACGGCUGGGCUCGUCGUCGACACGCCAUCCAGCUUUGCCCCAGGCCCUGGCAACAACGACUCCCGGCAGAAGCUGAUCAGCUCUUGCGUGGAAGCGUUCAAAAUCAACGUCAUUCUUGUCGUCGGUCACGAAAAGCUCAAUGUCGAGCUACAGCGAGCGUACGGCAACCGAAUUACCGUCGUCAAAAUACCGAAGUCGGGGGGUGUCGUUGAAUUGGACCACCUCUAUCGGCAGCGAGUGCACAUGUAUCAGCUCCACACCUACAUGUACGGCCAAAAGCUACCUCUGCCUGCGGGCAUCACCUCCGCCUCGCUCGGCGGCGAAACGGUCUCGGAUCUGAUCCUGUCUCCGUCCUCGACCAUCAUCAACUUUGACGACCUAUCGAUAUUCCGGAUCGGAGCAGAAACCAUGGCCCCAUCCUCUGCCCUGCCCAUCGGAGCAGCCCGGACGGUCUCUGAAACGCAGUCGGUGCCGAUUGACCCGGCCUCUCCCGGUUCCGGUCUGCUCAACGCUGUGCUUGCCAUUGUGGCUCCUUUGAGUACAGAUGAGUCGGAACGGUACGACGAAGAGCUGCUGGACCAGCCCAUAUCCGGCUACCUUGUCAUGUCCGUCUCUGAUUUCGGUGAUCCCCGCUUCUAUCGUGCUGACUCCGCAACUAGCACGAAUGUGGACAUUCCCCAACGCAAAUUGACUGUUCUUUCCCCCAACCACGGGUCGAUUACAGGUCGAACAGCAAUCACUGGCUCGUUCGAGUGGCAGGAGUAA